UCUGCUAAGCUCAAUCUAAAGAUAAAACAAGUUUACUUAGCACACCUUUAUGUCAAUUCACAAUGGAUAGAAAAGUCCGAAACACCGUCCGUCGAACUGGACGGCUCACCAAACGGAGGCGCUCUGCAGGAGGUAACGAGGUCAUCAGGAACAAGGCUGCCGAGGUGCCGACGGUGGUGCCUCCCUUGGAGCAAAGUAAUGGCCUACAGCAACGGGUCUUCCUCUACAUCCAGCUGAACGAAAUGAGCAAGCUACCCGAAACGGGCAAUCCUCUGGAGCUGCACCUCUACCAUCCGAAGAACACAUUGCAGAAGAUGCAGGAGCGCUACACCACAGAUACCAUAAUCUAUCAGCAUGAGUUCAACCUGAAGAAGCCCGUAUUUGCAAUGGGUGUGAUGCAGGACGAUAUCGAGGACAUGAACACGUUCAGCGAUCAGCCGCUGUUGAUAUCCCUCUAUCAAAGGAUUCCCAGGCGCCGCAAGGGAGGAUCUGGAAAAGGGAAGUCAAGGAAGCAAGGACGCACAUCCUCUUCAUGGGAAAUAAGUCAAAUAAUCACAGAUGCUUCGGAAAGUAAAGAAAAUGUUCCAAAGGAGAGAUCAAGUAAGAGGUCAUCCGAACGUGAUGGUGAGGAAGCUGGAGAGGAAGGUGAGGGAGGUACCUUUUCGGAGGAGCGACUGGAACUCUUAUCCCGCGGCCACUGCGAUCUUCUGCAGCUUUUCCAACGACGUCGCUUUAUUAGCGAUAUCACCAUCUAUCUAUACCCGGAGUAUCGUUCGAAAAAGAUUAAUGAUAAAAUCACCACGUGCAGCGUUUGGCACAUGUAUUCCAUUCUGCCCAUCCUGAAGAACUUUAACUUUACGAACUUGGCCUUUCUGACCCUGGAAUCAAUAUACAAUGUUCCCGAGGAUCUCCACUUGAAAUCCGCUGAACUGGGCCUCAGUGUUUCUUUUCGUUCAACACAGCCGGAUGAGUCCGAUGGUGCUUUUAUGGUGGUUCCAUUGUGCACCUACUCAGGAUUCAUUUCACAGAUCAUCAGUGACCAGAACACAAUCAUUGUGUGGGAGAACAUCAAGCGCGAUCUGCACCUCAACAUGAACUUCAGUUUUAACCAAAUGGAGACCAAUUCGAGAGUGAAGCUUCCAAAGCUUUUUCGCAUGCUACUUUGGGAACAGGACGUUGACUUUCAGAUCCAUAAAAUUGAUCCAGUUUCGGACCUUGCCUUGAUCAACAAUUCUCUUCACCGUUUUGUUCUCAACGAGCAAAUGAGGAAAAUUCUCGAGGAGGCUGUAGUUCACAAUGACUAUGAAUUGUUGCUGCAACUGUACCAGGAGACACCGACCAAUGUCCUGUACGAGGGAGUCCUUAAUCCAAGUAUCUUUGGGUACCCAGGAGUGAAUUAUUGCCGCUUCGCAUGCAGGCUUAAUCCCGUUUUCAAGCCAUCUAUCAAGCUAAGCCUUCCCAGAGAUACCUUGGUAAUGGGCCCAAUGUUCUGCACCUUCAAGAUUUGCUUCUUUCAGCCAAUUUGCGAGCGCAAUGAACCCCUGGACCAAUACAAUGAGAGCCUCCUCAAAAGGGCAAAGCUGCGGCGCUGCUUCGACAUGGAUUUCCUCAAAGAGGACGAGACGGAUGGGGAUGUGCUACUCGAGCUCUACCGUGCCUUUGAUGAUCUUAUAACCGAUACAAUCGAGUUCAUAAUCAAGCGAGAUGUGCAAGACAUCAAUGAUAGAAAGGAGUUCUUUUGCUGCCAGCUGAGCAACAUCUGCAAUCUGGUGCUGAAAAUAUGCGGCUGCGACUUUAACAUACGAAUGCCAACAAAAACGAACAUUGAAUUCAGAGAAAUGCUGACGCACAUGUAUAAGGAGCUGAUGGAUCGCAUUGAGGGUGUAUUUACUGCCUGCUGUUGGAAAAAUAAUUGUGACUCUACGCAGAAUCAGGAUCAAAAGGAACACUGUUUGAAUCGGAUGAUGAAUGAAAUGCGACUGGUCAGCAACACUGGCCAACGAGAUUUGGCCAUUCACAUGUACGAUGAGAUUGACCACAGCACCACCAACCGCAUUGUAUUCGACUUUGUAACCCUGCUGAAUAGCGUCGAAAACCUGCAGUUUGAACAGGCGGCGAGAUAUUUCACGAAACCCCGAACCACUGAUUGGAGUGGAUAUUACUUUACUCUGCUCUUACAGCUCUAUAUUAACUAUAUGAUGGACCUAAGAUCAACCGACGAAGAGGUCUCGAGUACGGCCAAAUCUAAUAUGAUCGAGAGUUUGCGUCAGUUUGCUGAUAAGAACAGAAUGGAAUCGGAAAUCUGGAUCCUUUUGUACUGCUUUUACAAGGAAUAUAAUUAUUUACCCGGAAUGGAGUUGACGCGCUGGAAAUUUCAGAAUUUAACGAAAAUUGCACCCAGGGCUCUUAACUUUACUCCUACUUCACUUUAUGAACUGUACUUGCCGGUCGAUUUUGAAAUGAAGAGCUCAUCCACCACGAUGAAUACUCAGUUUUAUCCUGUUUUUAAGCUCUUCGCUCGCCUAGGAGCAUACGCAUUUGCGGAAGUUAUAUUUUCCGAAAUUGAACAGUGUUUUACGGAAUCUGAAGCCUAUCUUAUAAAAACCACUUUGAAGAUACUGCAGCGCCAGAUCGAUGAUAAGUUCCAGAUCAUAAAGAUGCCUACGGAUAACAGUGUGUAUGGAAAGUUGAAGCGCUGUUACCAACUCCACAUAAACGGCAGUGUAGAGUAUUCCCGUGGGCGUUGUGAUGAAGCUCUAAAGUACUUUCAGGAAUUAUUGUCCGUGGUAGAUCCGAUGGAUAUAGUGCUAUUCAAGUUGAGUUUUCUGCGUCUCGGCCAAUUAGCCUUACAAAGGAAACAAUACGAGCUCGCCGAAAAAGCAUUUAAUAUCUGUUUGCCUACCAGACGCAAGAACUUUAUAGCCAACUAUGGAAUGGGCUUGACACUUUACCAUCUCAACCGUCUUGAGGAAGCCAUUCCGUAUCUAUCGCGUUGCACAGAAGUCGACAUCUUUAUACCAGAUGUUUGGGGAUAUUUAGCUACCAUUAACCUGAGACUGAGCCGAAAUAAGACGGCCUUGGAAUGUUGGAAGGUGGCUAAACUGUACCCCGAAGUAAGCAUCAGCAAAAGCGUUUAUGCCGAACUUGAUAAGAUCCAGUACUCGGAUGUACAUCUGCUUGUAGAUGAUGACGGAAAUCCAACCGAAAAGAUGACAAAAAUGGACUUUAUUCCUUUGUAAUUUGGUGAAACAAAAGGCUUUGCAGUUACCCAAGAAAAUAUGAGCCACAGAGUAAAAUGAUCCUAAACAAACACCUCCGAAGUCACGCCUUUCAUCAAGUUUUGGAAGCAUUUAUCACUUAAAUUCAAUGCCCAGCGCUUAGGUGAAAUUAAUAAUACGCACACGCAUAUGUUUACAAGGUAUUUCGGUCCCUAAAUGUCCUUCGCCUGCCUCGUCGAGCUGGCGCUUGUCAAAAUUUUAGCCGCAGAGCAGCAGCCCAUACGUGAAUAUGCCAACACAAUGCAUUUUUGGCCAAGGGCAAACCGCCACAGCAAUAGCAAUAACAAAAGCAACACCGCCAACAAACCAACAACGACAAAACAGAAACAAGUGAGAUACGUAGUUAAACCCUUUUGGCCAACACUCAACCCAUGACAGGUGUUUGCUCUGCAAAGCCUCAGUGGGGUAUAAGGAACUUACCAAUUAGCUUGGCUAUCUUCAAUGAAAAACUAAAACUUUUGGUUUCGCCUAUGUAAUAUUCUCAUAAUAUUUGUGUUAAAUUUGUUUGGCUAAAUAAUAAU